AACCCGUCAUAGUGGAUGUUCAGCAAUUCCCGAAUGCAUUGAGCUGUGGUGUCCAUAUGCAUCGCUACAUUCUAAUCCACCCGACCUCGCCAUGUUGGCGGGAGGCAGAUAGUCACUCAAUCUAUUCCAUACGUCAGGUGUUUCUACCUGGAGUUGCUGAUAUAGUUUACGGUAUCCUGACAUCUAUCUGCUCUCGCUUGUUUCUUCCAUUUCCUCCCACAGGGUGCGUUUUUCUGUUCACCUUUUACAUUUUCGCUCAGAGUGCCGCCGACUGAGGUGUUGGAUUCUGCAGUCUCCUUGCAGAGAGAAAGAGCGAGCGCGUCUUAAAGAAACACCCACCACCUCCUCCCGGUAGUUUUUUUCUACUCCUCCGUGGCGCUAACAUCGGGGAAGUUCGAUUAUAUUCGUGAAACAAAGUAGCCUAGUUUUCGUUUUCGUACAGUAUUGUUUGCAUGAGUGUGGUCCAAUUGUAAUGAAGAUGGUUUGUAAGCUUGCCCAGUUGUUAGAGGAACGAAUAGAUGACCCAACGGUUGGAGGAAUGCGAUAAUGUGCAUCAACUCUUUCUUGGUGGGUGCAGAGAGAGAGAGAGAGCGAGCGUGAGAGAGCGAGCGUGAGAAACCAGCCAGUCGCCGGAGUAGACUGGGGGAUGCUGUACAAACACUGCUCUACGAACACUCCUCGUAGCUUGAGGGAAUAGAUGAAGAAAGGAUGAGAUAAACACUAUUUUUCACGUUGCGACUUUUGUUAUCUAAGUUGAUAGCCGGAGGCUUUACGCAUCGUGGAAUAGUGCAAACAGUUCGGAGAAUGUGUUUAGGAGGAUGGAUGCCCACGCGCCACUAGGAUUUUUUUUGUUUCCAGGUAAAGGGAUAGAAGAAUAACAACUAAAGCUACCGUUUUUUUCACCCUGAAUCUGUUUCAUCGGAAGAUUGUAAAGGUGCAGCGAUCAGGGAAGGCUGAUGACGGACCUAUUCAUCCGGUCAGUGCAGCAGAAGCACCAAAAGGUUCUGGAACCAUUUGGAUGGAAUUCGGGCAAAUGUUUAGACUUUCUUUUGGUUUUAUAUGAAACUGGUGACUAGUAGUUGCGAUUUUUUUCUCUCUGGAAUUUUGAUAUUCUCAUUCAAUAAAUUAGAACUGCGAGGAAGACAUUUGCCAGGUUAUCAAUUGUAUACAUUUCUAUUUUAUUUUUGGGAAGGUGGAAUGGUAUUGCGGUUUGCUGUCCAUUUUGCAUCUACCUUAGAUCUGAAUCGUUUUCUCUUGAAGUAUUCCUUUAUCUAAAUGGAAUUAGUUGAGCCUAAAGCCCCCUGUGAAAGGUACAGACAUGGUAUAUGGGCACAGCCUCCUUCACGUUGUUGCAAGUCUACUCAUACUUGGGUUGUCUGGGGCAACGAAGAAGGAAGCAUUGAAGAACAAUUCGGGAGUGAAGCCUGCAGGUCAAUGUGGCACCUGGGUGAAGGAAGGAGACGGGGGACUGUUCACUUCUCCCAACUACCCCAGCAAAUACCCCCCAGGAAUAGAGUGUGUUUACAUCAUUGAAGCUCCUCCCAGGCUGUGCAUUCAUCUGUUCUUUAAUGAGAGGUAUUCUAUCGAGCCUUCAUGGGAAUGUAAAUUUGACAACAUUGAGGUGCGGGACGGCCCCUUUGGCUUCUCCCCAGUAAUCGGACGCUACUGUGGCCAGACCAUCCCUCCAUUCAUCAGGAGCAGCGGACGGUACCUCUGGGUAAAAUUUGUUUCUGAUGGCGAACUGGAGGCGAUUGGAUUUUCGGUGAAUUACAACUUCACUGCAGGCUGUAUGGAGUGUACCCUCGGCUGGGUCAUGGUUUAA